AUGUGGUCUUCAUCUUGGUUGGUGCUACCUCUUCCGCUGUUGGCAUCUCUUGCGCAAGGUGCCCACCAUGUCGUUAAGGUUGGUGAGAAUGAGAAGCUUGAGUUUGUUCCAGAAACCCUCAAGGCUGCUGUUGGUGAUACAGUAGAGUAUCAAUUCUUCUCAAAGAAUCAUUCGGUGGUACAAUCAAGCUUCGAUAAGCCUUGUCAGCCUCUAGAGGACGGCUUCUUCUCCGGCUUUGUGCCAGCUUCAUCGCCUAAGGAAGCCUCGAAAACCACAUUCACCAUCAAUAUCAAGGACACCAAGCCUCGAUGGGUCUACUGCAGUCAAGGGAACCACUGCCAAUCUGGUAUGGUUCAUGGUAUCAAUGUCGAGUCCAAGAAGAUGGAUGAGUACAUAAAAGAAGCUGCGAAAGCCAAAGCGAACACUUCACCUAACAGUCAACGCCCAGCUUGGGGAUUCCGCAGAAUGCACGUCGAUAUCGGUAAAAAUGGAAAGAAUGAAGUCACCCCUAACGACAUCAAGGAGAUUCCCGGGACCAUCAUCCAGUUCAAAUUCCACCAGAAGAACCACUCUGUCGUUGAAUCAAGCUUUGACAAGCCUUGCGUUCCCAUUGAUGGAGGGUUCAGCAGUGGAUUCAUUACGGUCAAGAAUGACUCUUUCGAUGCUGUUUUUAAUAUCCUGGUCCCACACACCAGGCCAAUUUGGUUCUACGAUGCCAAUGAUAGCAACUGCAAAUCCGGCAUGGUGGGCAGUAUUAAUGCCCCUUCCAAAGGAAACACUCUCGAAGCCUAUUCUGCCAAGGCUUCAACGGUUGAGAAGAGCAAAAUCCCCGACUACGCCCCUAUUGGUGGUGUUGCGGUCAUCGACGGACUCAUCAACCCUGUCUUUGACGGACCUAAUCUCGUCAUUCCGGUGAUUCUAGUCGAGAAAAGCAGUGAUGCCGAUGCCAAUAAAACUACCAGCAGUGCCACGUCGACGGCUACAACUGCUCCCACAGAAUCAGCGGGAAGUGGACACUCUACCAAGUACCUCUCGGGCUCCAAAAACAACGCGAACUCUUCCAUCCAUAUCAACACCGCAGCCGGCGGCUCCAAGCCCGGCCACUAUGCCUACCCCGACGAGAUCUCCGACGACACCAUCGCCUUCCUCCAAACCCUGAAGCUCCUCGACCGCAUCCUCGGCAAAACCCUCUACGCCUGGUACAAGAAAAUCGCCAAAGACGGCGAAUGGGAAGGCAUCUACCCCGACAGCCUCGUGGCCAUGAUCCAAAGCAUGAGCGCCCAGAUCUCCGUGCACUACCAGACCCUCGAGGACACUCUCAACCGCUUCGACGUGCACCCGAGCGGGACCUUCAACGACACAGCCUGCACCUUCAAGCUUCCCGCGGGCGACGAGAUCGACGAGUACGUCAUCGCCUCCCUCGUCCUCCUCAAGCUCGAAAUCGGCGCGCUCGCCGACGUCAGCGUGCUCAUCGCCCAAAAGGGAGACUCCUGGUUCCUCCCUGCCUUAGUCACCGAGGUCGGCGCCAAGAGCCGCAUGUCCGCCGUCAUCAACAUGAUCCAGAACAAGAACGCCGCCGCCGCGCCCAGGGAGGUGUUGUUGCCUGUCGAGCUCGCCUGGAGCUAUGCCAUGACUCACUUCGUCGAGAGCUGCCCGGACAACGGCGGCAAGAUUAAGAAUAUGCCUGAGAAGCCGUUUGCGCCGCUUGAGGUGGUGCAUAAGGAGCUUUCGGGCGACACGUCGGAGGAUAGGGCGCUCAAGGUCACGUUGAAUUUCACGGUGCCGGCUGGCGCUGAGGGGGGCAAGGGGAAUGGCGAGCAUUGGGUUGCGUGGGUUGGGCCCUGGGGGACGUUUGAGUAUACGAAGCUGGAUAAGAAUAAGGUGGCGGAGGUGCCGGAGAACAUGUUUGGGUAUGUGUGGAUUGCGGUGGUGAAUGAUAAUACCGUGGGGUUGUCGGAGUUGGAGGAUGUGACGGUUGCUGGGCCGCAGAUUGUGUGGACGAGUAAUCCGUCGGGAGAGAUUGAUUUGCAGUUUGAUAAGGGUAUAGUUUGA